UGCAGAUUUUGCAAACGGAACCAGCUUAAGGCUCGUCAAAAUUAUAAAGGUCGCACACACAUGACUCGCUAACCACAACAAUGGCCGACACGCAGCACUUCUGCCUGCGGUGGAACAACUACCAGAGUAGCAUCACCAGCGCUUUCGAGAACCUUCGGGAUGAUGAGGACUUUGUGGACGUCACGCUGGCCUGUGAUGGGAAGAGUUUGAAGGCGCACCGGGUAGUGCUCUCGGCUUGCAGCCCGUAUUUUAGGGAGCUAUUAAAAUCAACACCAUGCAAACACCCAGUGAUCGUCCUCCAAGACGUGGCCUUCACGGAUCUGCACGCCCUCGUGGAGUUCAUUUACCACGGCGAGGUGAACGUGCACCAGCGGAGUCUCUCCUCCUUCCUCAAGACCGCUGAGGUGCUGCGGGUCUCCGGGCUCACGCAGAACGAUGAUGCUCAGGGGCCCCUGGUGCAGAGCCUGGCGCGCGCCGCCGCCGCAGCCGCCUCCCCCCACACCCCACCCCCGCACCCCGCGCACGCGCACCCCCACACCCCCUCCUACACCGACAAGCUCGAAGAAGCACUCCUGUCCCACCCCCAGCACUCCAGCAUCCAGCAUAUGAUGCGCCGAGUCUCCCUCCCUCCCCGCCGCAUGUCCCGCUCCGCUGACAACUCCCCUGACGUCAUCAAGCGCGCGCGCCACGACAACAACAACGAAACACAGAUUCACGCAGCCGACUUCUCGACUAAAAACCACUCGAUCAUCAACAACACAAGAGCCCAUGAGCCUGGGAACAACGGGAACGGGAUAUCGAAUAGUAGCUCUUCGCCGUCGCCGAGACUUAUGGAUGAGGUCAAGAAUGAGCCUCUGGACAUGAUAUGCAGCUCCAACGCUGAUAUAGACCGGAGUACGGAUGACACGCCGCCGCAUCACAGACCACUCGGAGGGGGCCCGCCGUCACGCGGUAGUUCAGCCGAAAAUGACGACCGCACACCACCGCCCCCGCCCCAUCAGCUGCCGCCGUCGCCCUUCUUACAACCGGCGGACACCAAACUAUUCGCGCCCUCUAAUCCUUACAACUUCAAUAUGACGGCACUCACGGAACACCCAUCAUUGCAAGGUCUGCAGAGUCCGCUGGCUCCCGACGGCAUGGCGAGCACUUCCCAAGUGGGCCCGCUCGGGGCGGGGCACCGCUGCGAGGUGUGCGGCAAGCUGCUGUCGACGCGGCUCACGCUCAAACGGCACACGGAGCAGCAGCACCUGCAGCCGCUGCACUCGGCGCGCUGCUCGCUCUGCCACAAGGUGUUCCGCACGCUCAACUCGCUCAACAACCACAAGAGCAUCUACCACCGGCGCCAGCGCGGCGCGCCGCCGCCGCCGCCGCCGCUCCCCCCCCUGCCCGCGCCCGGCGCGCCGCAGCUCCAGCCCCAGAACCUUUCCAACGUCGACGCCAAAAUCAAUCCCAUCGCGUCCCAACACCACAACAUAGACUUCUACAAGUUCAAAGAUCAAUUCAACGUCUAAACAAAAAAUUAACACAUUUAUUUUUAUAUCUUUUAAACGUCUCGUUGAUAUUCGUUGAUAUUUUAUUUUAAGAUUUAUUACUUAUACACAUUUUUCGAUCGGAACUUUGAACUUGGUAGUUGUGUUUGUGACCAUGACAGUGACUAUCAUCACAAUGAAGCCGAGAGCUUCCUUUGACAUUCCAAAUGUUACAAGGGAGGGUGCGGGCCCGAGGGACCGCGCCCACAGUGCAAUACUGCGGUAUGUGACUAUUCCUGAAUUAUACACUAUGUUAAAUGUGUGACAAUAAGGCGAAGAGAAAAAAUAUUUUGAGAAAAGAUUAAUAUCUUGGUGCUGUAAAUUUAUAUAUUAGGCUUAAAUUAAAAAAAGAAACCGUGUUCGUGUAAGUAAACUAACUAAAGAGGCAUAUUGUUUUCAACCUUGUGUUCAUUUUUCGGCGUUUUGCAAUUUAUUUAUUCCGUAAUUUUACCUACAUGAUCUCACUCUUAAAUAUGUAUACGAGAUUACUAAAAUGCUAUUUAAAAAAAUUAUACACAAUUAUAUAAUUGGCUUAUGAGGCUUUUCAAAUUCACUUUAAUUUUAGGUGAUUUUGUUAUCCGUAAGACUGAAUUCAGAACAUAGCACCAGCAGAAAGACAAAGUAAAAAGGGUUUAUUUUUGAACUAAAUUCAACCCGCAGAAAGCACAGGUCACUAAUAAUACCGGACUUUUACCCAACAAUACUGAAAUAGACAUAUUUAAUGACAUACACAUACACAAUAAGGUAACGUUAUAAUAUUUAUUGCUCGCUUACUCAUUCGGUUUGAAUUUUUCUUGUUUUACUUUCUUUUUUAGAUUUAUUUUAAUUUUAUUGUCUAUUAAUUGUACACUGCCACACCAGUGAGUCUUUAUUUCUUGAAAUAUAAUUUAAAAUCAAUGCAAAAACAUUUUGCGAAGUGAAUAUCGAGGUGCCAUUUAUGAAGGAAUGAUUAUUAUGGCUACAUAGUUAUGUUUUAGUUUAGUCAGAAUUAGUUACUUAUAUCAAACUAAACUUUUAUUACGACUUGUGUUCAUUUCAAAUUAUUAUUGUUGCGUUUUUCCUUGUUUAGUGUAGUGUUUUUUUUACGUAUUAUUAUAGUUUUAUACAUCUAUUCUUCGUACAUUGACAACAAUACAUGUAUUUUGUUCCUGUUUGUUUUGUACAAUUGUAAUUACAAUACAUCACACAUUAUUAUAUUGACUACAUAAUAGGAAAUAGAAUAAAUUUAAUAACUCUCAGUGUUAAAUGUUCCUAAAUUUGACAGUGUCGAUCGCUGACUCAAUAUUUCGAGAUCAAUUUUAACGAUUUUUUUGCUUGCCAUAUAAAUAGUUGUAAUUGUACUAAGGCAGGGCUUCGAAACUCUUAGACUACAGAAACGCCAAAUUAUCGACGUGUACUUUAAAGCACGUGUAUUUAAGAGCAAAUUUUAACGACUGUUUGAGAAAAUAUACUUAGAGAAUACUAAUAUGUAUAAGUAGUGUAAAAGUUUUGAGCCCGACAAGUUCAGUGGUGUUAAUGUCUAGUUGUGUUUACUCCUAGUUGAAUAUACAUCACUUCGCCGACGUAAUGUCGUUAAAUACUAUUGUUGUAUUUUCUUUAUAUUAGCCGUAAGAAAUUCUUAAACAUAAACACAUUAUUUAUUGUAACGAUAUACACAUUAAGUAAUUAUUAGUGCCUGCUUUACAUAACUAUUGUGUUUUUAAUGAAAAAGACAUAUUUUGCGUGUACUUCUAAAGUUUAGAAGUAGUGUUGGAAACACGUCUUAUUAUACGAGUACUGUAGUCGGGACGACGCUUUAUACUUCUACUAACAAGUAUGAGAGGCUUCCUAAAGUAAAUUUAAUGCUAUAUGUUAUAAGGUUCUGUUGUUAUUGCUAGAUACAUAAAAGCUUAGCCAUUACAAUUCGUUUAGUUAUAUGUAGUAGGCUUUAUAUUAUACUUUAACGAAUUGGAAGACUAGAGAUUUGGUGCUAAAAUUGGAACGAUGUUCUUGUUAGAAAAAAUUUAAGGACGUGGAAAAAAAAACGGAAUCAAAAUUUUUAAAAAUUCGCGACAUUCCGUGUGUGAGGAAAAUGUUAAGUUUUUAUUUGCUUGAACUUGCAAAGUUUUUGAAACGUAAACGGUAGAAUUGUUGUUUUUUUUUCUAGUAAUUUAGUACUAGGUUUUAUUGUUAAUUUGGGUUUGGGAAUUACGUUAGUUAACUACAUAGGAUUAAGGUUUAUCUGAAUUCACAUAGAUAAUAGCGUCUACAUGUUUAUUUAUGAUUACAGGGAUGUGCUGCUGAGGCAGUACGGUAAUUUGGUCUUUGAUUAUGUCUUUAAAGAACGUGAUGAAUUUAUUUAGAGAAAAGGGCGUGUGAACGCUAAACUUUUGCCAAAAUUAAUAAGCGCUAUAGACUGAUUAGACUAAGUACGCGUUUGAAUUGUACACUAUUAGGCGUAUUUGUAGAUAAAAAAUUGUACAAUUAUUUACUAAAAUUACUAAUUUUAUAAAAAAUAUCGCUUCGAAAUGCGACGAGUCUAAAAUUCGGUUUUUUGAAUAUUCACUUGUGAUUCGAGAAUCUUGUUUCGGUUUAUAUUGGAGCUAAAUUAAAAUUGUGAUCUCAAAAUUGGAGGGUGGAAAACCAUGGUUUUAAAGGGCGAGAAUUACACCGUGUUCUAAGGAGCAGAACACAUCCCUGUCGAAACUACAUUAGUUAGGAUCUUAGCAAGAUUAAGACUGUUUCUGUGACCUGUUUUAUUUUACUUCUCGUGUAGGUACAUAAUUUCCCCGCGCGGCGGGCGUCUUUAUCAAUGUGUUCUUAUACUUCUUGUUGGCGUUUUUACUUAUUUUAUAAGGAAUCUAAAUUAAUUUAUUGGUUGUUGUAUUGAAAUUUUUAUAUUUUUUUUCUUUUAAAUUAUUAUUUUAAUCUCCUUACGUUUUUGUUAUUGGCAUCUGUGUAAUGCAGUCCAUAUUUAUCGUUUUCGUUAAAGCGAAAUGUGCCAAAAAUGGGGAGUUUUAAUUUUGUCUUCCAUUUUUAAAUAAAUUCUAUUUGUGAACGCGCCAAAUUGAAUGUAAAAUGUCUGGCAACUAUGAAACAAAUGAUGGGCUGCACUUUUCAAAAAGAUAACACAAAUUGACACCACUUAUGUACGAAAUAGUCUUCUUUCUUUUACUUUUAAAAUAAAAUACUUGAAGUAACUACUCAUAAAAUGUAAUUGUAAUCGUUAUACCGAACUUCAUAAAUCCUAAUAUUGAUGAUAAUGGCGUUUUUAAUAAAAACAAAUAUACUGAAAUAAUAUCGUCAGUUUUAUUAGAUCCUCACGCUUCACCCGUAGUGAUUAUUUAUUGUACGCUUCGUGUAUUGAGUUGUAUCCCCGGAGCUUCGAUAUAUAGUGUUGACUGUACUUGGCUGUGCACUGUUUUAUGUUUUUAUUAACGUGUCACGCUUGGCAUUUAUUUUCGAGCCUCGAUUCUCUGUACCGCCUUUUCUGCAUGGUGUUUUAUUUCCCUUAACACUAUUCACCAGCCACUAUGCAGCUUCGCCAUCAUUUCUGUUUAUUCUUUAUUUACCUACUUUACAUUUUUAUUUUAUUAUAAUUUAAGUCACUUUUUAUUUUCUGGAACAAUUAUUUUCAAUUAAUUUUUUCACACGAUUGCAUUUUGAAAAAUGAACAAU